UAAUGGCUGCACAUGUCAGAAUUUCUUGACUAAAAAAAAAACAUUGACUGUUUAUUUUUUGUAUAAAUAAUUAUCUAAUAAUGCAAUAAAAAAAUUUAUUUACUAAUUAAUAUUAAUAUAUUUAUUUUGCAUGUCUAAAGUGUGUCUUCCUGAUGAUUUAAAAUAAUUCAAUUAAACAAUAAAGUGUAUUUGUAAAUUUUGUUUACCUGUCAAGUGUUUUAGAAAUUUAAAUUAAAAAAAUAAAGAAUAAAAAAUGCCAGACACAAUGGAUGAUGAUAUGGGAAUGUCUGGUCGUUUGACAAAUGAUGAUUUUCGAAAAUUACUAAUGACACCAAGAUCAUCAGUACCAUCAUCAACACCAUCAUCAUCAUCAGUACCAGGUACAGCACGUGAUGCUGCUGCUAAAACAGCACAAACACCAAUUAUUGGUAGUGGUAGUCGAGCUGAAUUACGUAGAAAAAAAAAAAGUUUUUAUGCAAAAUUAAAAAAACAAGAAGAAGAUAAAAUGGCUGAAUUAGCUGAAAAAUAUCGUGAUCGUGCACGUGAACGUAGAGAUGGUGGUCCUGGUGAAUUUCAAUCAGAAGAUCCAAUGAAUAAUACAAAUGCAUAUCGUGCUGUUGCACCAGAUGUUAAAUCAGGUAUGGAUGCUGCUGAACGUAGACGACAAAUGAUACAACAAUCAAAAUUUUUGGGUGGUGAUAUGGAACAUACACAUUUAGUAAAAGGUCUUGAUUAUGCAUUAUUACAAAAAGUACGUAGUGAAAUUGAAGCUAAAGAAACUGAAUGUGAACAAGAAAUGGAAAAAUUGGUAAAACCAAAAGAAAAACCAAAAGAAGAAAAGCCAAAACCAGAAAAAAAAAAUGAUGAAACACAAUUUAAAACAAAAAUUGGACGUAAUAUACAUAAAACAAUAAUGAUUAUGAAAUCAAAAAUCAUUGAAAGAAAUGAAUUAUUUACACCAGGUAGAAUGGCAUAUGUCAUUGAGCUAGAUGAUGAAAAUGCUGAAGCAGAUAUACCAACAACUUUAAUUAGAAGUAAAGCUGAUGUGCCAACAAUUGAUACAACACCAACAUUAACAACAAAUGACAUUGUUAUUAAUAAAUUAGCUCAAAUAUUGUCAUACCUGAGACAGGGUAGUCGUGGAAAGAAAACUAAAAAAACAAAAGACGGUAAAACAAGAACAGAUGAUGUUGAUAAUGAUGUGCCAUUAAGAAAACCACAAGAUGAAAGUAUUUAUGGUGACAUUGGUGAUUACCAGCCAAAUUCAUCUAAAAAAGAUACAUCAUCGGUAAUAAUACGUGAUAAAAAAAAAUCAUCUUAUUUUGAUAAACCAGAAGUAUCAAUUGAUGAUGAUAAAUUAAAUACACCACAAUUACCAGCAAUACUAACAGCAAUUGCUGGUGCAUCAGCAGGAGCUAAAAAAGGUGCAUUAUUAAAUAAACUUGCUGCUGAACCAGAAGGUUAUGCUGAAUGUUAUCCGGGUCUUGAUGAAAUGCAAGAUGCAAUUGAUGAUUCAGAUGAUGAAGUUGAUUAUACUAAAAUGGAUUUGGGAAAUAAAAAAGGACCAAUUGGACGAUGGGAUUUUGAUACACCUGAAGAAUACAGUGAUUAUAUGAAUAAUAAAGAAGCAUUACCAAAAGCAGCAUUUCAAUAUGGUGUUAAAACAGCUGAUGGUAGAAGAACAAGAAAAUUUAAUAAAGAAAAAAAUGAAAAAGCUGAAUUAGACAGAGAAUGGCAAAAAAUACAAAAUAUUAUGAAUAAAAGAAAACCAAGUGGUAGUGCUGGUGGAGGUGGAGGUGGUGCUGCUGGUGCUGGUGAUGGUGCACCUGAAUUUAAAGUACCAAGAUAUUAAAUUAUUAAAUAAUAAUAAUUUGAAAAUUAAAUUUUUCGAUUUGAUUUUAAUGAAGUGUAGGAAUGAAUUUUUUAUAUAUACAAUAAAAAAUUAAUAAUGAA